AUGAGAUCCUCAAUCUCUCUCCUCCUCUUUGGCCUGACCGCAUUGGUCCAGGCCAACAAUAUUCAGUAUACCGGAACAGACUGCAACCCUACCGAGAAGGAUUGUCCUCCCGAUCCAGCGCUCGGAACCCACCAUACUUGGGACUUCAACACGACUCUUGACACCGAUAUUUGGCGCAUGGAAACCGGAGAGAUAGAAUAUACAUCCGAAGGCGCCGACUUCUCAAUCAAAGCCGAAAACACCUCGACUUUACUGGUAUCGAACUUCUAUAUUUUCUUCGGAGUGGUGGAAGCGCACGUCAAAAUGGCCAAGGGACCGGGAAUCAUCAGUAGUGUGGUCCUGCAAUCAGACGACUUGGAUGAAAUCGAUUGGGAAUGGGUUGGAUACAACACGAGCGAAGUGCAGUCCAACUUCUUCGGCAAAGGAAAUACCACCACCACUGACCGCGGCGGAUAUCACGGCGUUGCAAAUGCCGACACCGAAUGGCACAACUACACCACGUACUGGGACAAGGACCGCCUGGAGUGGUGGAUUGAUAACGAAAAGGUCCGCACGGUGCAAUACUCGGAGAAAUCGACACUUUUCGGCAGGAACUACCCCCAGACACCUUGCCAGGUCAAGAUGAGCAAUUGGCCUGUCGGUAUCAAAGGCCAAUUGCAAGGAAAUAUCGAAUGGGGUGGUGGUCUUGUAGACUGGUCAGAUGUUCCAUUCACUAUGAGUGUGAAGCACGUUCGUGUCCAGGACUUUGCCACUGGAAAGGAAUACUCGUAUAAAGACCGUUCAGGCAGCUAUGAGAGCAUCGAGAUUCUUGGUGGCAAUUCGACUGCCCAAAUCGUACUUGACAAGAAGCCAUCCAAGUCUCUACACGAGAAGUGGAAUGAUCUUGGUCGGGGAGCGCACAUCGGUGUGUAUAUCGGCGCAGCCGUUGCUGGUCUUCUCCUGAUUGCCGGAGCUCUGUUCUAUUGUCUGAAGCAACGCAAAAACGGUCGUCUGCAACGCGCUCUGGACGAUGGUCAAUACAACGCAGAGCUCACGACUUUGGAGGAGUCGAAGAUGAGGUGGCGCCAAAGUGAAUUGCGCACCAAGGGUGCUUACCAACCGGUCCCUUGA